GAAAAAUUUAAUUUUUCUUAAAAAAAUAUUUUUGUGAAAUAUAAAAAAAGAAUUUAAAAAGUGUGAAAAAUAAGCUCAAUAGAAAUGGAUUUAUCACGACUGAAUUAUGUUUAUCUUCUUUUAUUUAUUGUCACAUUAAAUUUCAUCUCCACAUAUUCUGCGCCCAGUUACUACCAGCCCAUGUAUAAUGACAUAGAUGAUCAGCCUGAUGAAUUUUUAAUUGACUUAAUAGCACGAUAUGGACAAACGAUAAUGAAUGCAAGAAAUGAUCUCGAGAAUUCAAAGCGUACUGUUGAUUUUGGAUUAUCAAGAGGCUAUUCAGGCGCGCAGGAAGCAAAACAUCGUAUGGCAAUGCAAAUUGCAAACUUUGCUGGCGGUCCAGGAAGACGUAAGCGAUUGUCACCAGGAAAAUUUGCAACACAAGUUUAAAGCACUUGAUCCCCAAUAUUACUACAACUUCCUCCCAAGCUACCUUCUCUCAUAUUAAGCGCACUGCAAAUGAAUCAAAAAAUAAUGAAUGUGAGAUUAUCUGUAUAAAUCAGCAAUUAUUGAAAUGUAAAACUAUGCUCUUUCGAUUCCAAAAAUAAAUAAUAAAGAAAAAGUUUAAAGUUUCUGGAAAACUG